AAGGUUAUGUCCAAAAAUAAUUUUGUUUUGAAUAUGCAAAAAUAAAUAAUUGUUAAAAAACUGAUUUGAAUUCAUUCACAAUUUUUAAAGAUUAUGGAAAAUAUCACUAGGUUAGCUGCAUUGUAUCAAUUGUUUUGAUUAUUUGGAAACUUUGAUGCAUCAUAUCAUGCAGAUUUGACCUAUAUUGAUAUAAUGUGAUGGAAACAAAACUUUCAGUUUAUUUGAGACAUUGCAGUAUACUCAUAGCCAUUUACUGACGGAAUGUUAAGACUAUAUCAAAAUGUGUAUAAAAAUGUUCCCCUCAAACAAAUGUAAACAAUGUGGAUUACUCUAAUUUCUAUUUGUAGUUUCUUUACAAUUGUUAUGUCUCUAGUAUUUUGCUUGUGCUGGAAAAAGAAACGUACUGAUCCUGAAUUAACUGGAGUAGAUGGUCUUGUUAUAAAGAAAAAUCCUGAUGAAAACGUCAACCAUUUACCAUCAGCAGAUCUCAUCGGAGGUGAUAGAAUUGAUGGUAUCUCAGAUGUGAAUAAAAGAGCCACUCUUCCAAUAACAAAUACUAGAAGGAGUUUACCCGAUAUUCCAUUUGAGCAUGAGAAUGCUACCUGGGUACUGGCUGUUGACAACUCUUCCGAGCAUUAUGCUACGGUGGAGCAGUAUCAAAAUUCUAUGAAACGGCAUACUCUUCCUAAUGGAGUUGAAGCCAGACGUAGUAUAUCACAACAUAGUUCUCUGAGUCAAGCAGAUUUUUCUCCUUAUGAAAGGGUAAAAUAUGACAAGAUAAAUUCAAGAGAACAUCCUUAUGACCAGUUGCAACCUAUUGUUAGUCGUAAUUUUGCAGCUGAAAAUGCUGAUAUUCCUGAAGAACCAGGACCUUCACAGAGAACGGAAGCUACUGCUGAAACUAAUCCCACAAGAAGAGGCAGUGGAGGUCACAACUUGGAUAUUCCAGCAGCUUCAGCUGUAGCUGGUGGCAUAGCAGCCAGUCCAGAAUUGCCAUAUAUGACGCCUCCUGUGCCACAAAUAAAUUUCAGUGGAGAUUCUCAAGAUUCUUCUAAGGGGUAUACUAGCAUCAGUGUUCGUGAACCUCUCGCUAAUAUAUUAGCUCAAUCCAAAGAAGUUAAGAAAAAAAGAGAGUUUGAUCCUCAUUAUUCAACUGUUUCAGAUGAUUCAGAUGACGUUUACACUACGAUACCUGAUCCAAAUCAAGUUUACACCAGUGAAAGUGAAACUUAUGCUAGAAUUCCACCUGGUCCAAUAGUUGUCGAAGCUGAAAUAAACAGAAAUCCAUCCAAAUCAGAUUCAGAUGAGGCUAAUGAUGAAAUGUAUGAACCAGCCCCUCAACCUGUUCCACCUAGUGUAGACAGUCUGAAACACGUCACACACACCUAUACUCACUCAAGGCAAGCGUCCUCAUCAAGUUCAACAAUCAACAUAGGUUCUCCAAAACCAGAAAAGCGACAAGCCAAUUCUCCCCUUCCUCUUCCCCCGGUUGUCAACCAUAUAGAUGGCGAUAAAAAACUUCUAACGGCACGAAAUUUAGAGGACCUUUACGCUAAAGUCCAGAAAAAUAAGCCAAAAAACAGUUCCGAUGACGAGAAGUCACCUGAGAGACCGAAUGAAUCCUCACAUCCGAGCGCUUCAACUUCUGGAAUUGAAGAUAACAGAUUUUCGAAGCUGAGAAGAAAAUUUCAGGAACAUAAUUAUGAGACACUCAGGAAACACAAGACGGAUUCAUUGGAUGAAAGAAUGCUUAGACAGGAAGAACCGGGAUAUGCGAGCAUAAAUGGCCCAGAUAGCUUGUGCAGUUCUGAUCCUGGAUAUGAGGUGCUUAAAGACUCUGAUCCUGAUCCUAAUUACGAGGAGCUAAAGCAUAAAUCUUCAAAUGCUAGUGAUAUUGGAUAUUCAAAGAUAAAAGAUGUGAGAAAUAACCAUAAUUUCGGUUAUUCUGUCGUCAACAAGAAAAAGAAACCUGAUGCUUCUAAAAAUUAUAACAGUUACAAGAACGAUUCACAAUCACAAGAUGACAGCUUAGAGGAACCAAAUUAUGAAAGUAUGCCAAGCGAAUCGAUCUCUGAAUUUAAUUAUGCUGCAUUGAAAUCCAGUGGAAGUGAAACAGAUCCUAACUAUGAGUCUGUUAGUAAUAUUGAUCCAAACUAUGAAAGUGUGAAAUAUGUGGACGAACCACCUUACGAAAAAGUGGACAGCGAUAUUAGUCAAGCAGGCUCUGAAAUACCUGGUUAUGAAAGAGUUGGCUCAAAAGGUUACCAAAAUAUUGAUACUUCGGAAAGCUCAGAUAGUACAACGAACAGAGACAAAGUUAGAGGCGAAAAUCCAUAUGAGAGAUUAAAAGAUGACGGGGAUACUGACUCAGUGGGAUAUUCCAAAAUAAAAGAUUCGAACUCGAAAACUAAGAAUUCAAGUGUAGAGUCUUCCAGUUCGGCUAAAAGUGAUGAUUUGAUUAGAGAUGAUGCUAUUGAAAGUUGUACCAAUAUAUUAGAUGACAAUAUUAUAUUCGAAGUUUGAUAAUAUGUUUUUCAAUCAUGGUGCUAAUUUUUAACCAUUAAUUUCAUAUAUUACUUACAAUAAGAGCUUUCCAUCAAAAUAUGUUCAUAAAUUCACAACAGUGAGAGAGAAUUGGACACAAUUGUUAUCUCAAUUGUUUCUGAUGAUUGAUUGCUUCAUGGCUGACCAUUAUACAGUGUUUGGACCAAUUUAUGAAAGAUUAUUCUCAAGUUAAUUUUUCAACGUGAUUGAAAUAUUUUUUAUAAUAUUCAUAUCAAUUUUUGAUCAAUUUAAACACGAAACCAUUCCUAUAAACACGAAUCAAGUCACCUCCUUUAUUAUUAUUCUAUUCUAUUCAAUUAUAACAUGCUUUGAUGCAUUGGUUGAAUUGAAUUGCCGUCAGCAAAUAAGAUUUUCAGCUUAUCUUUGGCACCCAAGAUAAAGAUGAAAUUUUGAUCGAGUCUGGAUUACUUAUGGUCACUACCCUACUAUACUGAGAAAAAUAUUUAUUGGUGACAAUCCAAAAAUAUUUAUUUCUGGUAAAUGUACAUCCUCCGUGGACAAAGCAAUUUCGGAAACCAUUGUUUUAAUUACUCUUCCUUUGUUGUGACUGCAGAAUUUUAUACAGGGUGAUACACGGCGAUGGCUUAUUAGACGUUUAUGGAAAAUAAAAAAAAUAUAUGUUGGGUUAUUCAACAAUGCUUAACAUAAUAGGCCAUCGCGGUGAGUCAACCUGUAUAUUUAUAACUGAUAACAUAUAGUUCCUUUCACUGUUGUUAUGUUCUAGUCAUUGAAAUUCUUAAUGCCGUUUUCACAUCAUCAAUUGAUUAACUCCAUUUGAUGUCAUAUUUAUCUCUUUGAAAAUCGUCGCUUAUGAAAUAUCGAUAAGGUAUUGAUUGCUUGCGUGAUACGAGAUACUUCAAAUAUGAUAAUCUCAUAUUCGAGUUUCAAGGCAGGAUUUUUCAAAUAUUGCCAAAAUUUUUUAAAGAAUAAAGUUUCAAUUUGGAGUUCAAUUUAUUUUUUGAACUUCACGACAAAUUUCUUGAAUGAUUAUUGAAAUCUAUCCUUAUCAUUCAAUAAUGGUUAAGUCUCUCAUAGUUUUCAUGUGUCAAUAGUUGGAAAAUGAUGAAGAAAAUAAUUGUCAACUUGUCUAAAUGGAGCUCUGACUAAAUUUUUAACCGAAUAGUUACUGUAAAGUAAAGUUUCUGUACAUAACUAUCAAAACAAGUCGUUUAACAACCAUUGUAGUAUUUUUAUAGUUUGUUGCCAAUGAUGAA